AUGGAGUCCCCGUUCGCACCACAGCCCCAGAUGAUGGGUCAAUCGCCUUUCUUCUACUACAACCCGGAUCCCAGCCCCGAGAACCGCCAGCACGGCCACUUCACACCACACCCGCAUGGUCAGGCCUUCCCCGGCCAGCUGGGCUCCACUCCCGAGAGCAUGCACAUGUACACCUCCAACAUGUGCUAUGGCCGCCCCUCCUCCUCCAGCUCGCAGACCGCCUACGCCGCAAGGUCAUACCCCGCGCAGAUGAUGACCCCGCUCGCCUCGCCCCAGCCCAUCCACCAGAAGCCCACCCUCCUCAUCCAGCAAGACGCGGCCUACCUGACUCCCCUGGAGUCUGAGUUCGACUUCCGCUUCCCGCCCGCCACGCCGCCGCUCUCUUCGUCGUGCAGCGCCAUCUCCAGCCCGCCCUCGUCCAUCUACGAUGCGCUGCCCACCCCCGUCAACGGCACCUUCGAGUGCAUGGAGGGCGUGAAGCAGGGCUGCGAGGAGGAGGUGUUCUCCGAGAUCCUGGCUGGCGAGGAGUGGACCCGGUCGCAGUCGCCGCCGAUGACGCCUGUCUUCAUCCAACCGCCUACCUCGCACCCGUGCCUGGACCAGCCCCAAACAACGUCCGCCGCCUCUUAUCUGCUUUCGGCCACCUCGUGCCCUUCAAUCUCGCCCUCGCCCUCGCCGCUGCCGCGCACCCCCAUCGACAGCGAGGCCGACUUCUGCGACCCGCGCAACCUCACCGUCUCCUCCAACACCGACUUUGCUUGCCUUCCCACCCUGUGCUCCGGCGACGACGAGGAGCACAAGCUUAUGCUCCGUGGCGACGCCUUCACCGCCCGCGCCGAGCAGCCUGCCGCCGACUUCACCUCCAACCCCCAACAGCUGACCUUCGAGCCCCUCUUCGAGCUCGACUCCGAGGACGACUUCAACGCUGUCCAGUUCCCCACUGCCGACAACACCGCCUUCCACAGCAACAAGCGCCAGCGCACCGGUUUCUCCUCGCUCUCGCUCGAGGACGACAACCUGGUCGACGAGGACAACUUCAGCGACUUCGGCGACGAGUUCGCUCACCACGGCCUCCCUACUCCUGACACCGACGGCUCCUUCUCCGACGACAUGACCGAGGCCAAGAACAAGAGGCGCGCCAAGAGGCGCGCCGACGACUCCGACUCCGACUUCGUCAUGGGCCGGUCUCACGCCAACCGCAGCAGCAAGGCGUCGGCCGCUCCUGCUUCCGAGUCCGGCUCUGGCGUCCCCUCGGCCUCUGAGGACAGCGUCACCCCCACCUCGCAGCCCGUCAGCCGCCGCGGCCGCAAGCAGUCGCUCACCGAGGAUCCCUCCAAGACCUUCGUGUGCUCGCUUUGCUCUCGCCGCUUCCGCCGCCAGGAGCACCUCAAGCGUCACUACCGCUCCCUGCACACGCACGAGAAGCCCUUCGAGUGCACCGACUGCGGCAAGAAGUUCUCUCGCAGCGACAACCUCUCCCAGCACCAGCGCACCCACGGCACUGGCACCGUCACCCUCGGUGUCAUGGACGAGUCUGAGCUCAGGAGGCAGAAGGAGUCGUCGGCCUCGUCGUACGACAGCCAAGAUUCCAACGCCCUGGGUGCCGCGCUCUACAACGCCGUCGCCGCCGUGUCGAGCGGUUCGUCGACUGGUUCCAUGUCUGACAACGACAAGAAGCAGAAGAAGAGGAAGCGGGACGAGUAA